UUUUAAAUCAAAGCCUUAUCCUUUUUAUCCAUGUGACGUUGUGUCCUUGGCCCUGUCGGCAACCACCGGCCUUGUGCGUGUCGUCUGUGCUGUUUAUUUGACGAGGGAAGCGAAGGACAACAGCCGAUCCUCCCCCGUGUGCCCCCUUGUCAAGCUGGGCGGGAAGCCCAGUAUUGUUUGCAGUUUCACCUGUAAGGCCCACCAGCCGUCAGUCAUCGACUAAACCCGUAUCUGCUUGGAAUACAGACCUCUGAAUAUCUUCAGUGCUAGAACCCCUGCACGUCAACUGCCUAGCUCUUGCUUUAAACUUACCUGGAGUGGAGUCGGCGGGAAAUUAAGGGCUGAAGUGGAGUGUUGUCGAGGAAGGGCUGAAGAGGAGUGUUCUUGAGACUGGAAUCCGUAUUUGUGGAUAAAGAAUAGUUCGAGUCAUCAUUAGUUUUAAAGUUUCCUUACCCCUUUCCCCAAACUUUUAAACAAAUAAAAUUGUUACAUUUUAAUCUUGGUUGUCCGUCCAUUCAUUGGGGUGUUGUGGGACCUCCUCGAGGUGGAAGUUAGAGGGAGGAGCGAGACCCGUUGAAUUGGUGGUCCGCUCCGGCCUGUGACAGAUUUUGGCGUAGUCGGCAGGGUUCCACCUCGAGUUGAGCGACCGCGGCUCCCCAAUGGCGGACGAGGCAGUGCCUGAGGCCCCACCCCGAGUCAUGCCCAUUUUCUUGGGAGCCCCCUGGGCACCGAAGUAUGGAGGGCCGGGAUCAGAGAUACGGCUGUCGGAAUGGAAAGCCCAGGUCGAAUAUCUGGCUGGGAUUCAAGGAUUGAGCGCCCCCCAGAAAUUGCAGUUUGUGCUAAAUUCCCUAGAGGGGGAGGCCCAACGGGAAGUCCAGGCUGCCCCAGAGACAGUCCGAGCUACUGCACAAGAUGUGUUGGACUUCCUCACAGGAAUAUAUGGGGAUGCAACCCCAGUAGCGGUCCUUCGGGCCCAGUUUUUCAAUUGCAAGCAAGGGCAGCAACAAUCCUUAAGGGCCUUCACACUAAGGUUGCGGGAGCAGUUCAUCAGGCUGCGAGGUAAGCGGGACCAUGGCUUGGGAGAGGGGGAGACUCUCUUACGAGACCAGUUCCUGUUGGGGCUGCGAGAGGGCCCAGUUCGUCAGAGUCUACGUGUUCAAUUUCGUAGAGACCCAGCUAUGACGUUUGAAGACCUGAGAGCCGAGGCUCUGGCCCUAGAAGCGGAUCAGGUGGGAGUGGUGGAUUCCCCAGUGUGUGCGGCAGUGAGUGGAGAAGUGGCAGCUGCCUCUGGAACAGGGGAUUGGAAACAGGCCUUACGAAAGAGAUGCGACGAGGCCCCCAACGCUUACCACCAAUGUCACGAGAGCGGUCGCAUUCCGAGGGAAGACGAGGUCUGGAGAGACGUCCAGUACGGGAAGCCCGGGCCCGUUUUCAGUGGGACGAACAGGGACGCCCCAUUUGUAAUCGGUGUGGUGAGCCAGGGCAUUAUAGUCGCCAAUGCGGCUCUCGACGGGGUUCCGAAGGGGAUUUUUAGGUCGGCCGGCCACUGUGGGUCAAGUGGCUGGGACCUCUGUGAGUGA